GUUCAAAUGGUUAAUUCGUCGCUCGCUGCUUCCCAUUUUCUACACUCGCGCUCACACUAAACCUCCUUCAUCUUCUUCUCUCAAGCUCCUCCCGAGCGAGCGAGCGAUUCUUCGCUCUUCUUCAUCGCGUUUGCUAAAUCGUUUAGGUGAUCACUGAAAAUGGAGGAGGAAGGAGGAGACGGAGGGUCUCGUAAACGCGUGAAACCAUCUGAUGAAGAGGAGAAAGAAGGAGAGACGAGAGAUGGAAUGAGCCUUGAUGAGAAUGAGACGACGAAACUUGUUGCUUCUGAUGAGAUGGAACUUCGCAUUUCUCAAAUUCUCGACAAGAUUGAGAGCUUCACUCAGACUGUUUCUAAUCUGCUGGAUUCAGGAAAGACGAUGUUCAAGGAACUGAGUAACGAAUUUGAAGAACGUUUGAUCAUGAUACACAAGGAACAUGUUGAGAAGUGGCAGGAGGAGAUCAAGGAGUUGCGUUUGCUUGAUGCAUCAAACGAGGACACUACUUCCCUCUUGCACAACGCUCGCUUUCUGAUUCAGAAUCCUAACAUUGAGGCUUGAGGUAAUAAUCUAAAACCCAUAUAGGACGUACUUAUCAGCCAUUACUAAGAACAGAUUAUCUUCUGCCGAGUGGUUUAAGAUCUGAUUAUAUAUAUUACCUUAGACCAACAAUAUAUGUUUGGUUGGGAAAUUUAGACUUGCACAGUUUAAAAACUUAUAUGAUGUCUUGAAGGGAACAUAGAACACUCUUAUCAUGAACCUUCUCGGAUUAAUUACUCCGCGACCAACCCAUUCAAUUUUUUUUUA